GCGGCGGUGAUUGGCCCGUAUGUUUGGCGCUCGUUGAAGCUGCAGUGGCCCGAGUGGGCGGCGAAUGUGAGUGAAAGAGACGGAGAGAGACGUUUGAAUAGUUGCUGAGGCGGAAAUAUAGAAAUUGAGAAACUGUUCAGUAAAACAUAAUAUUUUACAAGAAGUUAAUUCCGCAUCAAACUAUCCGUGUUAUUUCCAUUGGGAAGUACAUACCAGAAAGAAGCGUAGCAAGCCGGUGUUCGCUAGCUAGAGGACGCGCGAGGUGAAUCGACUCCCCCUUUCUCUCGGUGCUAACGAGCUAGCCAACAAAACAUAGUAACGUUAGUAAUCCAAUCCCGAUCAACGAAAGAUUCUCGCUUGGUGCGUAUCGGAUAGAUCCCGAGUCACUUCAUUGAAUGAGGACUGACCCCCCUCUGCAGGUUGACCAUGGUGCUGACAGGGAAGCGGUCUGAGAAGGGACCAGUGUGUUGGAGGAGACGGGUGAAGUCUGAGUACAUGAGGCUACGCCAACUCAAACGUUUCAGACGGGCUGAUGAGGUCAAGAGUAUGUUUAACUCUAACCGUCAGAGGAUCCUGGAGCGGACAGACAUCCUGAACGCUGAGUGGAAGACCAGAAGGAUCCAGCCCGUUCACAUCAUGACAUCUGUUAGCUCCUUACGAGGGACCAGAGAGUGCACAGUGGACAGUGGUUUCUCUGAGUUCUCCAAACAGGUGAUACCUCUGAAGACGCUCAACGCUGUAGCCUCUGUCCCUGUCAUGUACUCCUGGUCCCCGCUACAGCAGAACUUCAUGGUAGAAGACGAAACGGUUCUCCACAACAUCCCUUACAUGGGAGACGAGAUUCUGGACCAAGACGGAACCUUCAUAGAAGAACUCAUCAAGAACUACGAUGGCAAAGUUCACGGAGACAGGGAGUGCGGCUUCAUCAACGAUGAGAUCUUUGUGGAGCUGGUGGGUGCCCUGACCCAGUACAGUGACAACGAUGAUGAGGAUGAUGAUGAAGAAGAGCAGGAGUUUAAGCUUGAGAAGAUGGAGCUCUGUGAGGCGAAGGACCACCUGGCCGAGGACCCCCGAAAGGAACCCCUGAUCAACACUGACAGCCAAGGCAGCAGUGACAGCUCUAAGAAGUUUCCGUCUGAUAAGAUCUUUGAAGCCAUCUCCUCAAUGUUCCCUGAUAAGGGCUCAACAGAGGAACUUCGAGAAAAGUACAAGGAGCUGACAGAGCCCCAGUUGCCUGGUGCGUUGCCUCCAGAGUGUACUCCUAACAUGGACGGUCCCAACGCUCGCUCCGUUCAGAGGGAACAGAGUCUACACUCCUUCCACACACUCUUCUGCCGACGCUGCUUCAAAUACGACUGCUUCCUGCACCGUGAGUCCUUCCAUGCGACUCCUAACACCUAUAAGCGUAAGAACAUGGAGAAUCUGGUAGACAGUAAACCCUGUGGUGACGAGUGCUACAUGUACCUGGUGAAGGAUGGAUUGGUGAGGGAGUAUCCUGACGGCAUGGCAACCGAGAGGUCCAAGACCCCUUCCAAACGCCCAGUGAGCCGUCGCCGGGGACGACCCAUCGGCAACAGCCGGCCUAGUACACCAACAGUCUCCACCGACACCAAAGACACGGACAGCGAGCAGGAGGGGAAAGACGACGACGAUAAUGAUAAUGAUGAUGAUGAUGAUGAUGAUGAUGAUGACAAGAAGGACGAGACCACCAGCAGUUCAGAGGGUAACUCACGGUGCCAGACUCCAGUGAAGUUGAAGCUGACGUGUGACCCUCAGGUUGUUGAUUGGAGCGGAGCCGAGGCUUCACUCUUUAGGGUUCUCAUCGGAACCUACUACGACAACUACUGCGCUAUAGCACGGCUCAUAGGAACCAAGACCUGCAGACAGGUAUAUGAGUUCAGAGUGAAGGAGUCUAGUAUCAUCGCUCGCGCUCCGGCCGAGGACGAAGACACGCCCCCUCGCAAGAAGAAGAGGAAACACAGGUUGUGGGCCACUCACUGCAGGAAGAUCCAACUGAAGAAAGAUGGUUCGUCCAACCACGUGUAUAACUACCAGCCAUGUGACCACCCCCGCCAGCCCUGUGACUCCUCCUGUCCCUGUGUCACUGCUCAGAACUUCUGUGAGAAGUUCUGCCAGUGCAGCUCAGAGUGUCAGAACCGUUUCCCAGGCUGCAGGUGUAAGGCCCAGUGUAACACUAAACAGUGUCCGUGUUACCUGGCGGUCAGAGAGUGUGACCCUGACCUGUGUCUGACCUGCGGAGCCGCUGAACACUGGGACAGCAAGAACGUCUCCUGUAAAAACUGCUCCAUACAGAGGGGAGCCAAGAAGCACCUGCUCCUAGCUCCGUCUGAUGUAGCAGGCUGGGGCAUCUUCAUCAAAGAGCCAGUUCAGAAGAAUGAGUUCAUCUCUGAGUACUGUGGGGAGAUAAUCUCCCAAGAUGAGGCGGAUCGCAGAGGGAAGGUCUACGACAAAUACAUGUGUAGCUUCCUCUUCAACCUCAACAACGAUUUUGUAGUGGAUGCUACUAGGAAAGGAAACAAGAUUCGUUUCGCCAACCAUUCCGUCCACCCCAACUGCUAUGCAAAAGUGAUGAUGGUGAAUGGGGACCACAGGAUAGGGAUCUUUGCUAAGAGAACCAUCCAGACUGGAGAAGAGCUCUUCUUUGACUACCGGUACAGUCAAGCAGAUGCUCUGAAGUACGUCGGCAUCGAGCGGGAAUCGGAGAUGCCAUGAUCCCCUCUUCUACCUCUAGAUCAAAGGCCUUACACACGCACGCACGCUCUUCUCUUCAGGAAACGCAAACGACUCAUUGUCGGAAUCCUGGGGUGCUUCAAGAAUUCUGGGAAGUUUAGACCUUUUUUUUCCCCACUUUGAAUAGUUUUUCUACCAACAAAUCUUCCUGUUCCGAGUUAUGUAGGACUCAUUGCUAUGGUCACUAGAACGGUCUUUCCUCCAUUUACAGCUAACUAACACAUAAACAGGUUUUAAUAAAUCCACUGCAGGGAUCUCUUUAGCUCUGUUACGCUUUUUAUACUUGAUCCAAAUCCAUGGACACAUUGACUCAAUCAUAACAAGUGGUUGUUGAACAUUUUACUUAGCCCCUGACCACCAGCUAGACUAAAUGCAGGUUAAAAACAUCUGACUGACUUUUCCCCCUCCACUAGCCAGUGUCCAAACCCCUUAGUCUCAGACCCACUCUUGAACGCCCGAACAUUGUUUUGAGACUAGCCUGAUAUCUGAGGUGACAGUGUACGAUGCAUGUUGACCAGCAGCACUACCUGUUUUUUUUUCUUUCCUCUGACUUCUGGUUUAUUCCUAAAACUAUAUUGUCUUUAAUUUCUUCAAGUUUUGAACAUUUGAUGACCAUUGACCACCUGAGGCAUGCUUUGAUACAAUCUCUAUUCUAGAUGGUGCUAACUAAGACGGUGUGAUGUUUUGUAAAUGCCCCCAGGUAUCCACUUCUGCUGUGCCUUGAAUCUCGUCGUUAGAACACUGAAUAGUCACUUGAUUAGACCCCUUAAGUGUUGAUUUAUUGAUAAAGAUGUAUCCUCAAUCUGGUUAAUGCAUGAUGAUGAAAGCUUCCAUGUUUGUAGUCCCGGGAAGACCUCACUGCUACUAUAAUCUAGUGAUGCCUGGUGCUUGUGAAUACUGCAGACUUGAACCAAUACAACCAGCCUUGAAUAAUGUUAAGUAAUGUUCACGUCUUCACCUGCAGUGGGACGAACUGCUCUGAUUUAUCUCCUGUUUUUACAACUAACUUUGUCAACUUUUACCAGCAACUGAAAGAGGGCUCUGUAAAGACCUACAGACAGAUCUAGAUGACUGACGGUUGUGUUUAGAUGGAAGUCAGGAGCCGAUCUCCUUUAAGUAGUUUGUUGCUAAUGUUAGUACAGGGUUGGGGAACUCUGGUUCUUGGGAGAUCCAUUGAUUCAAUGUCACAGCUUACACCAGGUCUGACUGGAAAACCAGCAGAUACAGCAGCUCGAGGACAAGUAUCUCACCCAUCUGUUUAGGAUGUAUACUUCCUGAGUUGUAGAGCCAGCUGGCGUCCAGUGGGAUUGGACAUUACAGAAUGUUCAUAGAAAUAUAGGCCUACUACAUAGAACAGUGGUGCUUCUGUCAUGGAAUAGGGAAACCGCUCUAUACAAAUUAUAUAUUGACUGUUGUGUAACGUUUCCUCCAGUUGUCUAGCCGGGACCACUACUGUCUGAUUUCCAAGGUGCUGAUUUUUACUGUCUUUACAGGGAGUAUUGUUCAAAGUGAUCCAGAAUAAAAUGAGAAAAUGAAGGUG